GCAGAGCGGCUGUUACUCGACUUUCUUUCCUUCGGUGCUGUCGGCAGAAAGUUGGAAGAUGCCUGAGCCAGCGAAAUCCGCUCCCGCGGCCAAGAAGGGCUCCAAAAAGGCCAUCACCAAGACCCAGAAGAAAGGCGACAAGAAGCGCAAGAAGAGCCGCAAGGAGAGCUACUCCAUCUACGUCUACAAGGUGCUCAAGCAGGUCCACCCGGACACGGGCAUCUCGUCCAAGGCCAUGAGCAUCAUGAACUCCUUCGUCAACGACAUCUUCGAGCGCAUCGCGGCCGAGGCUUCCCGCCUGGCGCACUACAACAAGCGCUCCACCAUCACCUCCCGGGAGAUCCAGACCGCCGUCCGACUCCUGCUGCCCGGAGAGCUGGCCAAGCACGCCGUCUCCGAGGGCACCAAGGCCGUCACCAAGUACACCAGCUCCAAGUGAGCUUCCCCGGAGAACUGAUUAUUGGGCUUCCAAAAAAAACCAAAGGCUCUUUUAAGAGCCACUUACUUUCGCAGUAAAAUGAGCUGAUAUUGCUAAA